GCAUCCCCAGGCACUGCAGGGCUGGGUGUACCCAGGCUCUGAUGCAUCAGGGGGUGAUGCCAGAAAGGCGGGAGGGGUCUUUUGGGCACCGAGUGCUGUGGCCUGGGGACUCUGAGGCCCUGAGGGUUCGGGAAGGACAAAGUUUGGGGGCAUUUCUGCACUGAGGGGGCCACCACGGCUCUCUCAGCCUGGGAGCUGCUGGCCCUGGGCAGGGCAGCUUUUGUCCUGGAGUCCCACCGGCAGCGCUGAGCCCUUCCCUCCCUCCAGGCGCCCCUGCGGCUGCUCUGUCCCUUUAAAAGGACUCCAGGCGUGGCUGUGGGACCAUUAUCCCAUCCCAGCUGGACAAAGAGACUGGACAGUCCUGCACGGCCCUGGACAGCCGGCGCCAGCAGCGCUGGCACACCGUGGACCGCAGCCCACGCAGCGCUGACCCCGCUCCCGCAGCGCGGCCAUGGGCGAGUGGGGCUUCCUGAGCUCGCUGCUGGACGCCGUGCAGGAGCACUCGCCCAUGGUGGGCCGCUUCUGGCUGGUGGUGAUGCUCCUCUUCCGCAUCCUGGUCCUGGCCACCGUGGGCAGCGACGUCUUCGAGGACGAGCAGGAGGAGUUCGUGUGUAACACGCAGCAGCCGGGCUGCAAACCCGUGUGCUACGACGCCGCCUUCCCCAUCUCCCACUAUCGCUUCCUCGUCUUCCACGUCGUCGUGCUCUCGGCGCCCGCCGCCCUCUUCGUCAUCUUCGCCGUGCACCAGGCGGCCAAGCCGGGGCGCGGGGGGGCUCCCGGCCAGCGCGCCCGCCGCCUCCAGCCCUUCUACGUGGGCAGCGUGGUGGCUCGGAUCGCCGCCGAGCUGGGCUUCCUGCUGGGCCAGGCGCUGCUCUACGGCUUCAGGGUGCAGCCGCUCUUCGUGUGCCGCCGCCGGCCCUGCCCGCACCGCGUCGACUGCUUCGUCUCCCGCCCCACCGAGAAAACCGUCUUCAUCCACUUCUACUUCGUGGUGGGGCUGGUCUCGGCGCUGCUCAGCCUGGCCGAGCUCGCCCACCUCCUGCGCAAGGGGCCCCCGGCCCGGCCCGGCUGCUGCCGCCGGCCGCAGGAGCGGGGCGCGGCGCCCGGGCAGCCGGCGGGGGCUGCGGAGGGACCCUGUGCUCCCCACCCGCGGGGGGACCUCACCGUGUGACACCUGCGGAGGGACCCUGUGCUCCCCACCCGCGGGGGGACCUCACCGUGGGACACCUGCGGAGGGACCCUGUGCUCCCCACCCGCGGGGGGACCUCACCGUGUGACAGCUGCCACGAGCUGUGGCCGCUUUCAGCCCG